GAUGACCUUGUGAUUUCAGAUCAUCAGCUCUCAAGUUCUUCCGUUUUAAACAAAUUCGACGAAUCUCCGAAAGACGAUUUUCACCUUCAGCCGCUUUACCGUUAGCACUUCGCUAUAAACCAAAGUUCAACUUCACUUCGACAAUCCUAAACAGACAAAAUGGUCGUCCCUACUACCUGCUGCGGCCGUGACGGUCAGGGCUGCAUUUGCGCCUCUGAGGCCAAGUGCUCUUGCGGCUCUCACUCUGCUCUCCACUGCACGUGUGAUAAGGCUGCUACUGAGAACACAAUCUCUGGUGCUCGUUGCUCAUGCCGUGCUCGUGCUCAGGGCCAGUGCAAUUGCCACCGUGCUGCGACCGAGAACAAGACCAUAACUGGUGAUGCUUGCGCCUGCGGUCAGAGACAAGCUGGUGCUUGCACUUGCGAGAAGGCCGUUGAUGGCGGACUCUUGCCCACCGAGACCGACUUCACCACUGUCAAGGCAUAAAUCUGUCGACGUAUAUUUGCAAAUGUUUUUGGCAGAAACGCCAGCUUAUCUCUACAAAAGCGAACACAUUCGGAAGGCGGUUGGGUGAUGAUUUUUUAAAUAUUUACAAGGUGGCGUUGCGACGAGCUCAGGCAUUUGGGAUAAGAAGUUUUUCACGGGACGAUAUUCUAGUUGAUUUUCUUUUCAGUUUUCUCGUCUUAAUCCCAAUGGCGGGAUGAUUCAUAUUUGAAAGUUAUUUUUCUAAGAAGAUACCAAAUUGAGAUUAUUCGUUCCAAUUAGACUUUUGAACAGUAGCUUAAAUAUCCUAAAUGGCGUUAAGUGUCAUAUGUGAAUUGUCUGGCGCUAUAGAUGUUGCUGCCUCCUUGGGAUGAGGGGCGAUGAGGGGCAAUGAGGGGCUACAGGAACGUCUAGACUCUCAGAUCACUAAACUUUCCUAAAGAAGAAAAGAAUCGGUGCACGGAUGGAGUUAAAUGCCGA